AUCUGACGCAUUUCCUGUUUUGAACAGACGUCACAGCAUCUAGAGUUGUUCGCUCCGACUACAACUUGCUUCAUGUGGAUUAUGCGGGACACGGUUGUCAUAACAACCACCGGCGACGUGACGGCACGUUGUUGCUGCGUGGCGUGACCAGACCGCGGGAUGAUAAAUCACAUCUCCCGCGCGGCCAGGCCUGGCUUCUCACCGGGUCUGCGUCGCUUGUCCGACCUGAGAGCGAGCGAACAUGUGCCGGAGAGCCCAGCUUCUCCUCGUCUCACUGAACAGGCGUCUCUGUACGUGCACUGGCCUUACUGUCUCAGACGAUGCACCUACUGCAAUUUUAACAAGUACAUACCCAAAGAGAACAACGAUGACGUCAUGACGAAGUGUCUCCAGACGGAAGCCGAGACGUUGCUGCAGCUCAGUCAAGUGUCCUGCGUCACGUCUGUAUUUUUCGGUGGUGGGACUCCGAGCCUGGCUCCCCCUUCGACCAUCGCUAAGAUCCUUGAAACGGUUUCCAAGCAGGCGAAUCUCUCAGACGAGGCUGAAGUCACACUCGAGGUCAACCCUACGCCUGUGGCGAUGUCAAAGUUAAAAGACUACCGGCACGCCGGGGUGAGCCGUUUCUCCAUCGGCGUUCAGUCUCUGCAGGACGAGGACUUGAGAAGUCUGGGAAGAGACCACAGCGCCCUGGAGGCUUUGCAGACUCUCGGGGAGGCCAGGAGGCUGUGUCCAGGCGGCGUGUCGGUGGAUAUAAUGUUCGGACGGCCUGGACAGACAACCGAAUCAUGGAGGAGGGAGUUGUCUGAGAUGCUGAGGGUCUGCGAUGACCACGUGUCGCUGUACCAGCUGACCCUCGAGAGAGGCACUGGACUGUUUAAACAGGUUCAUUGCGGACAAGUAACCAUGCCCUCGGAGGAAAUGACGGCAGAGAUGUACCAGUGUGCCAGAGAGACCCUGCAGCAGCAUGGCUUUCAGCAGUAUGAGGUCUCUAACUUUGCAAAAAAUAAUUCGGAGAGUCGUCACAACGUGAGCUACUGGAAGGGAGAACAGUACAUCGGUGUCGGCCCAGGAGCGCACGGACGGUUUGUUCCCCUGGGGGAGGGAGGCGUCGCCCGUGAAGCCCGGACUCAGACGCUGGAGCCUGACGUGUGGAUCCGUGAAGUCCAGCAGAGGGGACAUGGGACACGGAGGCGGAUCCGGCUGGGCCACCUUGAACUAUUGGAGGAGGUGUUGGUGAUGGGAAUGAGAAUGACCAAGGGCAUUAAUCACAAGCACUGGGAGGGGUUUAGCCCUGAAUUAAGCCUUCAUGAAAUCUUUGGUGCGUCUCCUGUUGUCCAAGAGCUGCUGCAUAGUGGACAUCUGAUUCUUGAUGACAGGGGUUUGAGAUGUUCCUGGGAUGGCCUGGCCUUACUGGACAGCAUACUUCCUGUUUUGCUGGUGGAAAUGGAUAAGCAGAUUUUUCCAAAGGCUGCCAGCUAGCUCACAAUGAAGAAGGGGAAAUAUUAGUACAAAAAAAAUCAGGCUUGUUGAACUGUCAAAAGAUGACAUUAUGUUUAAAUGAAAUAACUAUUUAUUUGUUUAAAAAGAUUGUUCUUCAGAUCUGAUACAGCCUGUUUUUCAGAAGUACUGUAAUGCUUUCCUUCAGUUGUAUGUUUUUUCUUUCAGUAGGAAAUCAUCUUUUGUAACCCCAUAUCCGGCUUUGUUAGGAAAUCAGAUGUCAGUUCACAAACAAUGUGUUCUUAUGGAUUUAUACAUUUUUCUUAACCUUGUAAUAAAGUUAUUUUAUAUACAUGGAGAAUUGGUUGAUUUUUCAGAAGCUUUUUGCAACAUUUGCUGCUUUAUUAUUGGAUCUUGUGAAGAGGAGUUCUCUUAAUAUCACUGUUUUGUUGAACUGCUGUGGCUGAUGUACUGUGGUAUAAAUUUCUGCUGAAAACGAC